GAGAGAAAAGUAUAGUACAGGACUUUUUCGCUUGAAAUACGAUAUCCUCGAUAUCUGAUGAAAAUACGAUGUCUUUCAUAUUUUUGGAGAUAUUUGCGUGGAUCAUUUAAAAUAAGUCACCCUGUAUAAUGAUAUAACGUUCUUUCAGUAAUAGAACGCGAAUUACCCUAUAUAAUAUGAAGGAAGUCAAAGUAUACUGUUGAAAAGCGAUGAAAAAUUAUGAGAUAUAAAGUAAUUGUUCCACAGUAAGACAAAUCGACGUCGGAAGUCAACAAGGAUUGUCGUAGACGUAUGUCGCAUCGACUUCCGACACCGACUUAGGUCUACGUCUAACGCUUACGUCCUUGCCGUAAGCCAUUGUCGUUGGCUUUGUGCUCCGACCCUUCGUCGCGUCGCAAGGCGAUUCUUUGCGCGUCGACCUCCGACAGCGACUUAAAGUCUUACGACAAAAUCGUAAGCGGCUACGGCAAUCCUUCUGCCCUACGAGUUUCCAAGAAGUUCCGUAGAACCAACCGAGACAGUGCGAUGCACACACGAAGAAAUUUUAUCCUGCGUGUGCGUACGUACACACGUACGUACAUACAGUGACACGUGCUUGCAAACGAGUGCGAGGAAAUUUCAACUGUCAGCAGUGUCAGGUCAGCGGCCAAGUCGAGCCGCGAGCGGCCGGCGCUUCCCGACAGCUGUCGAGAAACUGCUUUGUGACAGGAUCUUGGGUGAGCGCAAGCUCGAGGAAUAUAAGCAGGAUCGCGUAAUAAAUCUCACGGACAGUCGCGGAGGAGCAGCGUGCUGAUCCAAGGGCCAAAGAGUUGGUCUGAAUGUUAUAUUUGCAACGAAUAUGCGCCUACCAGUGUUCUUAGUGUCGCUUGUCUGCGCGGGAGCGUGGCACGCUGAUGUGGAUCCACUGAAAACGAUUGUGUGGGGCCCAGGACUGAGGCCGGCGGAAGUUACCAUGCGUGCGAGAUAUUUCUUCUUGCAGCUCGUGGACUCGCACGGAACGAAUCUGACGAAAUCUCCCGGUGAGAAUAUAGUCACUGGUCAGGUGCACGGAGACUCUCUCAAAGGAGCACCGUGCCGCCUGUGGACUCAAAUCUUUGACUGUAAAGACGGCAGUUUUAUUGUACGCUACAAAGCCUUCACCACCUGCUUCAACCUCAAGAUCAAAGUAAAAGUCAAGGGAAAAGAUUUGUCAAUGCCCCGUUCGGAGUUCAAGGGUCCUGUUUACGAGGAAGAAUGUUACUGUCCGAAUCCAUCAAUCGUUAACUGGCUAGAUCACUAUCAGUGCCAACAGAAUCACACUCAAAUACACCGUGAUCUCUCUCCGUUUCCAAAUAUUGACUUUGACGAAGUACGUCAAAGCCUUAUUAAAAGAUACGAUCGACCAACCAGUGUCAGCAUUUGUCAUUACGUAUUGAAAUCUAACAGAGUUUAUAGGCAAUGUUACGGCCAACACGUUGGCUUCAAAAUAUUUAUGGAUGCUAUAUUGCUGUCACUCGCCCGCAAAGUGAUGUUGCCCGAUAUUGAGCUCUUCGUGAACUUGGGCGACUGGCCGCUUGUGCCCGAUUCAGGCCCGCUCUAUCCUAUUUUUUCAUGGUGCGGAUCUGAAAGUACGAGAGAUAUUGUUAUGCCUACGUACGACAUCACAGAAUCGUCUCUGGAAACGAUGGGGAGGGUAAUGUUAGACACACUCUCCGUACAAGGUAACGGACUGCCGUGGGAGAGCAAAACUGAGCAGUUGUUUUGGCGUGGGCGCGACUCCAGAAGGGAACGCCUUGACUUAAUAGAUAUUUCCAGAAAGCAUCCAGAGCUCUUCAAUGUUUCCAUCACUAAUUUCUUCUUCUUUAGAGAUGAGAUAGAUAAAUAUGGACCUGCACAAAAUCAUGUAUCAUUUUUUAAUUUUUUUAAGUAUAAAUAUCAGUUGAACAUUGAUGGCACAGUAGCAGCUUAUCGAUUCCCAUAUCUACUUGCUGGAGAUUCGUUGGUGUUUAAGCAAGACUCCAAGUAUUAUGAAUUUUUUUACAAAGCUCUCACACCUGGAGUGCAUUAUGUGCCUGUGAGAAGCGACCUGUCGGAUCUCGUCGAAAAAAUUACGUGGGCAAAGGAGCAUAACGAGGAUGGAUUAAAAAUUGCUAAAUCUGCUAGACAAUUUGUCAGGGAUAAUUUAUUACCACGUGAUAUAUUAUGUUACUAUACAGUUUUAUUUCAUGAAUGGAGUAAACGCUUAAAGAGUAAAGUUGAAGUACUAAAUAACAUGGAAGAAGUACCACAACCUAGUCAUUCUUGUCAGUGUCACCUUAGAAAUUCAAACCUUAGAGAUGAAUUGUAAUUUUUAACAUCUUUUUCAAUAUUUUUCUAUGCUUUAUUUAUAUAAUGAAGAUUUAACAGAUCCACGUUGCCGUACAAGUAUCAUCUAUCAUGUGUGCACAUCUGUUUACUAACAUUUUAUACCUAAUUGCUAAUGUUGAAAAUAAAAGGAAACGUGAUCUCGAACUUGAAAAAUAAA